AAAAAAAUCAUUAGGGCGAUCGAUCGAAGUCUCGAAGCGCAGCUAUGAAAUUCAAUAAUAACAUGGAAAGAAGACGUGGAAUAUAUUGUAUAAACUGUUGAAAGUAUUGGCCACAUACUCGUCUUAAUUGAACAUUAUAAAACAUUCCAUUAAUAAUUCUUGAAUGAGUUGGAAAGAUCUGGCAUAACCUCACAUUGUUACCUAAUAGUUUUAUUUAUAUUACUUCCGUGUUUCGUAUUAGCGGAAAGUGGAUUUAGUAUUAAACUAGCGUAGUUCUACGUUAUUUCUUGCCUGAUACGAAAUUUAGCUACCGUUCUGAGUACCUUAGUUCUCUGUUAUGGAAUAAGUAACAUUAACCAAACUCGUUUGUUUUGGACUUAAAAUCGGCAUAUUGAGUUAGCUAUGACGGAGCCUGUCGAAACGGACAUCUGGAGGGACACAUGGAUACGAUACCUUGGGUACGCCAACGAGGUUGGGGAGUCCUUCCGGCAGCUCGUCUCCACCAAGGUGGUCAGGUCCAGCUAUGCAAUCGCCUUCGCAUACACCUUCGGAGAUACUGCGGACAAAAGUUACCAGAUGUUACAAAAAGACGGGCGACCAAAACGUGUGUUGGUAGAGGCAGGAGACGCGCUCCUGUGGCAGACACUGGCGUCUGUCGUUAUACCCGGAUUCGUUAUUAACAGGCUAUGCACAUACUCCAUAGUGUAUCUCAAGAGGUAUCCCACUAUCCCUCGCACCGCCAGGAGUUGGAUAGCCGUGGGGGUUGGUCUAUCCUCUAUCCCGUUCAUAGUGAAGCCUAUAGACUCCAGCACUACAUGGCUUAUGGAUAGCACCUACCGAAGAUGGGUCAAGAAUGAGCUCUAAGAGCGAAAGAACACAUUGACACAUAGAAAUUAUGUGAUUCCAAUAUAGACGUUUUAUUUUUCUAACAAUUCAAGUGCAAUGCUUGGUAAGAAAACUUUACUUAUACCUCGGUAAAAUAUAAUGCUGCAAUUUCGUGUUCCUAGAAUAUAAAUGAGAUAAUAUAAUCAUGUAUUCGUGUAUAUGAAUCAUGCCAAGAUCUGGGACACAGCAAAAAGGUUUGUGUACACAAAUUGUUGGAAAUUUAGUAAAUAAAUGAUUGCUUGAUUGAUGGAAAAGAUUUGAGCUUCUUAGAGUGGUUCCAAACAUAUGCUGCUUUGGUUUUAGGUGGACAAAAUAAAGUGAAAAGGUUUUAUGUGAAAACAUAAAUAAAGACUAACUUUUGUGUGACAAGUUUACUACCGAUUACUCAUACAGCGCUUUUGCGCGUAUACGCGCGGUUUUUUUUAUACGCGACAAAAAAGCUGUCGCACGAUUAGGAUUGCAGAUUGUUGUAUAAAUAAAACUGGCUACAUCAAUAUGUUUGGGACCACAUAGAAAGCUUAAUGUUUGUAGAAGGUUUCAAUUAGAAAAGUGUUCGUAUCAAUUAUUUGACUUUACUGUAGAUAAAAAUAUUAGACUAGCAAGUUAGACUUGUAACUGUUCGAAGCACCAAAAAUUACACCAAAUUAGAGUAGAUUUUACGUAGUAAAAUUAAUUGGUUUUAUUUGUGAAUAAUAUUCUAUGUGGUUUGAGAAUCUGUGAAAUGAAAUGUGAUGGUGGAUUUUGGUUUUCAGAAAUGUAUUCAAUCUCAAGAACUAGGAAUACAUUGACAUAUUAUGCCUCUAGAUUUUUAGUGAUACAUAUUUCUAAGACUUUAGUUAUUUGACAGUAUUAUUAGAGUUAGACACACAGUCCGAGAUGGCAAGUAAUAUCAGUCUAAUAGUACAACUACAUACACUACUGUAUUUUGAGUAGUACAUUCAACCCCAAAACUUAAUGAACACGAAACUUGAAUUUGAUAUCUACUUGCUUUCAAAACUUGAAUGUAGCGUCCAUAAAUACAUGUAAACACAAACGCUAGAAUUGACCUUAUAUUAUAUUAAAAGUGAGCACAUUAAUGUCGGUCCUGUGCCUGAUCUCUCUCCGGUCGUGUCGGAUUGCCGUCCCAUCGGGCUAUGAGAGUGAAGUAAUAGGGAAUGCACUUGUGUCUGCGCAAAUGCUUUUGCACUAUAAUAUGUCCUGCGCAGUUGGCUGAUCUCUUUACCUGUGAACAGCCACCGUAGCCGAUAAUUGGCUAGGAGGACAUCAUAUUAAAAGUAUCUAUAUUCAAUUGAUAAAUAGUAGACUUUAGUGUUUUUGUUUAAUUCUUGUUAGACACAUUACGAGUCGUUUCGGACUGUGAAUAUUAUAUUGGAAUGACUAUAGCUACUAGUUACAAAGCUUCGCAAAAAUGUUCGAUUAACUAAGGGCAGAAAGAUCUGUAAAGUGUCCUUAAGAUAAGUGAAAUAUAUUACAAUAAGUAUGUUUGGAGAGCAUUUGGAAAUUUUAUGAACUGUAAACUUGCCAUUGAUAUUUACGAAUAUUACUGUAGAUUUAACGUUAUGUGGAAAAUAUUUCUUGGUGCAGUUAGGUUUAGUCGGUAUUUUUUUAUUUUGUUAAAUAUAUUAAAAUAGAUAUUGCUGUUUAUUUUGUUAAAUGUAUUAAAAUAGAUAGGUAUUGCUGUGAAUAGGUUGAAAACAACACUUUUACACAUAGAAUUUUCAUUGGAAGCGAGAUGAAAUCGGUAAUUCCUAUCUUAAGAAGAAACACCGAAACAAACUCAAGGGUAGCAGAGUUAUUUAAGAAAAUUUAAUUCUAGCAUAUUUCAGUUAAUGUCCAUUGAAAACUGCUGACUAAAUCUAAUGUUACGUCUUGAAUGCUUAAUUAGAAACAAUUUUUAUAGUCUGUGAUACACAAUUCCAAAAAAUCGAAUCUGCCUACUUAGUGAUUUCUUUUGACACAGUCAAAAAUAUUUUGUAAUAUAUUUUUGUUUGUUUUAUUAUAAUUCUAUUUUUGUUAGAUAUAGUUCGUUAGUUUUGUUAUUACUUAUUUAUAGCCUUGUUAACUGUUAAAUAAAGUUUAUUUUAUGCCUA